GCGUCUUUCAAAAAGCAGCUCACAUCCACUCCAAGAGUCGCUCCGUGAGUCAAGUUUGGGGGAAAAAAAAAUAAUAAAAAAGUCGAGCAGUCGCAAUCAAAUUUUCAAGACUCAUAAGGAUCGACGCUUUUCUGCUUUUUUUUUUUUUGGACUUUUUUCCCCCCCUCAAUUCAAGUAAGGAAAGGAGUUUUGCGCCCAGUGCGCGCAGCAGGCUUGGCUGUCACUGCGUCCUUUGGAUUGGAUUGGAUUCACACUUUUAUUUUUAUUUUUAUUUAUUUUUUUUCCCUCCGUCAAACUGUCCUGCAACUCAUUUCGCAUGAAUCUCCUCGACCCGUACCUGAAGAUGACCGAAGAACAGGACAAGUGUCUCUCCGACGCGCCCAGUCCGAGCAUGUCCGAGGACUCCGCCGGCUCGCCCUGCCCCUCCGGCUCCGGUUCCGGCUCGGACACGGAGAACACCCGGCCCUCCGACAACCACCUCCUGCACGGCGCGGACUACAAGAAGGAGGGCGACGAGGAGAAGUUCCCGGUGUGCAUCCGUGACGCCGUGUCCCAGGUGCUGAAGGGCUACGACUGGACUCUGGUGCCCAUGCCGGUGCGCGUAAACGGCUCCAGUAAGAGCAAACCCCACGUCAAGAGACCCAUGAACGCCUUCAUGGUGUGGGCUCAGGCUGCACGCCGGAAGCUGGCGGACCAGUACCCGCACCUGCACAACGCGGAGCUCAGCAAGACUUUGGGCAAACUUUGGAGGCUGCUCAACGAGGCUGAGAAGCGUCCCUUCGUGGAGGAGGCAGAGCGCCUCAGGGUGCAGCACAAGAAGGACCACCCGGACUACAAGUACCAGCCCCGGCGGAGGAAGUCCGUCAAGAACGGUCAGAUCGAGCCCGAGGACGGCGAGCAGACUCACAUCUCGCCCAACGCCAUCUUCAAGGCGCUGCAGCAGGCGGACUCUCCUGCCUCCAGCCUGGGCGAGAUGCAUUCUCCAGGAGAGCACUCAGGUCAGUCCCAGGGUCCACCGACGCCCCCGACCACCCCUAAGACGGACCUCCCCUCCGCCAAGUCCGACCUGAAGCGCGAGGGCCGCCCGGCUCAGGAGGGCCCCAGCCGCCAGCUCAACAUCGACUUCGGCGCCGUGGACAUCGGCGAGCUGAGCAGCGAGGUCAUCUCCAACAUGGGCAGCUUCGACGUGGACGAGUUCGACCAGUACCUGCCGCCGCACAGUCACGCCGCCGGCACCGCCGCCGGCCAAGGGGGCUACGCCUCCUCCGCCCAAGGGGGGUACGCCUCCUCCGUCGGCCAGGGCGGCAACGUGGGGCCGUGGAUGUCCAAGCAGCAGCACUCCCUCAGCACCCUGGACGCUCAACAGCGGGGCUCGGCGCAGAUCAAGACGGAGCAGCUGAGCCCGAGCCACUACAGCGAGCAGCAGGGCUCGCCGCAGCACGUGGCCUACGGCUCCUUCAGCCUCCAGCACUACAGCGCCGCCGCCUACCCCCCCAGGGCGCAGUAUGACUAUCCCGACCAGCAGGGCGGCGCCUCCUACUACGCUGCCGGCCAAGGCUCCGGCCUCUACUCCCCGUUCAGCUACAUGAGCCCCAGCCAGAGGCCCAUGUACACCCCCAUCGCCGACACCGCGGGGGUCCCCUCCGUGCCUCAGACCAGCAGUCCUCAGCACUGGGAGCAGCAGCAGCCCAUUUACACCCAACUCUCCCGGCCAUGAGGACUUUUUAAAAAAAAACAAAAAACAUUUGACUCUUUUCUAGUUGUACAUCUCUGGAUUGGCUCCCGACAGUGCCUUUUUGUGAUUAUAUUUUUUUAGAUAUAAUACUUGCUUAAAUCCUCUGUGAGGACAUAGUGGUUAUGAAUAUUCUAGUAUGUACUGUGUAUGUGUUCUGCUCUGUCAUCCAUUGCGGCAACGCCAAGUUAACACAAAAAAAACACAAAAAAAAACCACCCUCAGUGGCCUUACGUGUUGCCAUUAUUUUUUUUGUACAGGAAGUGACUGAGAGUUUUUUUCUACCGUUGGGUUAGAGUCCGUUUCCCACCUGGCUUGUACUUUACCGCGUCUGCCACGUCCAUACUUGCCAACCUUGAGACCUCUGAUUUCGAGGGGUGG